AUGGAGGAUACCGAAUGGACCGCAUCGGGGCACCCUUUGAAUUCGUUUUAUGACGCCUUUCGGUUCCGUUUGGGGGAUCAUUCUACAAUUGACAUCUUGCCACGAUCUGCACUCUGGCGAAGAGGCGCAACUGACGGACCAAUCGACGAUCGCUGGAAUCAUCUUCAGCUUGGGCAGGACGAAAGGUCUGGCCAAGUAUCCAUUUACGAGACUCGAAGGGAAUGGCUCUGUUCGUGGAGCCAGCGCAGCUGUUAUGGUAAACGACUCACUUUCCCCUCCCAAUUUCACUUUGGAGGUUCAAAUGCCUAUGACCAGUGUUACGAAGGUUGGGACGAUGCGACCCAACAUGCAGCAAGCCCAGAGGGCACGUCUCUAAAUACACCACUGAGGCUGCACCGCGCGGAGCCUCAAACUGAAGGCAAUAUCAGAGCCUGA